AUGCCUAAAGCAAACGGCCGAUAUGACCGCUACAACACUGACCUUAGUGACGUUUUUGGAUCCACAGUUCGUGUGAAAAAACAAAUCAAAUCCAUCCAAAACUUACUCCAGAAGGACGAUUUACCUGCUGAUGUAAGAGUCGAGAAGGAAAGAGCCUUGAAAGCGUUGAGGGUUGAUUUGAAACAUUCCCAGUUCAACUUAAAGACCAAAGAGCGUGCUAAGAAGUACCACAUGGUGCGUUUCUUUGAAAGAAAGAAGGCCAUCAGAAAGCUAAAACAGGCUACUAAGGCCCAUGAUGAAGCAGUCAAAGCUGAGUCCAAGAAGGAGAUCAAGAAAGCAAGAAAGGUGUUGAGACACUCGCAGAUCGAUGUUGCGUAUGUGUUCAUGUUUCCCAAAUCUGAGAAAUACGUCUCUUUGUAUCCACCAGAACUCACCAGUGAAGCUAAGAAAGACGACAACGUUAGAAAAGGUGUCCAGCUCACAGAGGAGAAAAGACUAGCAUACCGUAAGAAGAUGGAGGAACUCAUCGACAAAGAAAGACUACCCUUCACGUUUGAGGACGUCUUGUCGGGUAAAACUGUCUAUGUGGAAAACACGACAUUGCCAGAACCAGAGGAGGAGAUCGAUGCUCCUCAGGAGAAACAGGAGGAAGAGGAAGAAGACGAGUUCUUCGAGUAG